CCUGAAAUGAGGGAAUCAAUUUCACUCUUCAUGUCCUACGUACACAAGUCUGUCAAUGAGGUGUCCCAGCAGUAUCUGGCCAGUGAACGCCGUUACAAUUACACAACACCUAAGUCUUUCCUGGAGCAGAUAACUCUGUAUCAGAACUUGCUAACCAAAAAGAACCGGGAGCUGCAGGCUAGCAUAGUGCGUCUUGAGAAUGGUUUGCAAAAGCUCCGAAGCACAGCUUCCCAGGUGGAUGAUCUGCAAGCCAAAUUGGCAUCUCAGGAAGUAGAACUGGCUAUUAAGAAUGAAGAUGCUAACAAGCUUAUCCAGAUUGUUGGUGCAGAGACAGAAAAGGUAACAAGGGAGAAAGCCAUUGCUGAUGAAGAAGAGAAGAAAGUCACUCAGAUCACUGCUGAAGUGGAGAUCAAAGCUAGAGAGUGCCAGAAUGAUCUUGCAAAAGCAGAACCUGCCCUUGAAGCUGCCAAGGAAGCUCUGAAUACACUGAAUAAAACCAACUUGAGUGAGCUGAAGUCAUUUGGAUCGCCACCAGGUGCUGUUACAAAUGUAACAGCUGCUGUUAUGUGUUUACUGGCCCCAGGUGGCAAGGUUCCCAAAGACAAAUCUUGGAAGGCUGCAAGGGCAACCAUUAUGAACAAGGUUGACCAGUUUCUUGACAAUCUUAUCAACUACGACAAGGAUAACAUACAUGAGAACUGCCUGAAGGCUGUCCAACCUUAUCUGGCAGAUCCAGAAUUUGAGCCAGAAUUGAUCAGAGGCAAAUCAGUUGCUGCUGCAGGUCUUUGCUCAUGGGUCAUUAACAUUGUCAAGUACUAUGAAGUGUAUUGCACUGUAGAACCCAAGCGCAUAGCCCUGAAUCAAGCCAAUGCCGAGCUCGCUGCAGCAAGGGAAAAGCUGCGGCUUAUCAAGAACAAAGUGGCUGAGUUGGAGGAAACCUUAGCAAAGUGUCAAGCAGAAUUUGAGAAAGCUACAGCUGAGAAGCUUCGAUGCCAGCACGAGGCUGAGACAACAGCCAAGACCAUUGAGCUGGCCAAUCGCCUGGUUGGUGGGCUGGAAUCAGAGAAUGUCAGGUGGGCGGAGUCUAUUGCAAACUUCAGAGAAAAUGAGAAGACACUUCCUGGAGAUGUUCUGAUGACCACGGCAUUUGUGUCAUAUGUCGGUUGUUUUACUAAGAACUACAGAACGGAUCUCAUGGACAAUCACUGGCUACCUUACCUGAAGGGACUCAAGAACCCUAUACCUUUCUCUGAAGGGUUGGACCCUCUGACCUUGCUGGCAGAUGAUGCCCUAAUUGCCUCUUGGAACAAUGAAGGCUUGCCUGGUGAUCGAAUGUCUACAGAAAAUGCUACCAUUUUAACAAACUGUGAGAGAUGGCCAUUGAUGAUUGAUCCCCAGCUGCAGGGUGUCAAGUGGAUUAAGACCAGAUUUGGAGCUGACCUGAAGGUUAUACGCCUGGGUUCGAAAGGCUACUUGGAUUCGGUUGAGCGCGCAGUCCAAUCUGGUGAUGUUGUGCUCCUUGAGAACAUUGAUGAAUAUGUUGAUCCAGUACUUGAUCCACUUCUUGGUAGAAACACCAUCAAAAAGGGACGAUACAUCAAAAUUGGAGACAAAGAAGUAGAGUACCAUAAAGACUUCAAACUGAUCCUACAAACAAAACUUGCCAAUCCUCACUACAAGCCUGAGAUGCAAGCACAGACAACAUUGAUCAAUUUUACUGUUACUAGGGAUGGACUGGAAGACCAACUUCUGGGAGCAGUUGUUUCAAAGGAAAGACCAGAUCUAGAGAAACUGAAAUCUGACCUCACACGCCAGCAAAAUGAGUUCAAGAUUACUCUGAAAGGUUUCAGUGACAACCUUCUAGCCCGUCUUUCUGCUGCAGAAGGCAAUUUCCUAGGUGAUUAUGCCCUUGUGGAAAACCUGGAAACUACCAAAAGAACUGCAGCUGAGAUUGAGGUCAAGGCUGCUGAGGCCAAAGUUACUGAAGUAGAGAUCAACAAUGCCAGAGAAAACUACAGAACGGCCGCAGCCAGAGCAUCACUGUUAUACUUUGUCAUGAAUGAUCUUUAUAAGAUCAACCCAAUGUACCAAUUCUCUCUCAAGGCUUUCAAUGUUGUGUUUGACAAGGCAAUUGACCGAGCUGAAGUAUCUGAGGAGCUGAAACAGAGAGUCAACAAUCUCAUUGACUGCAUCACCUUCUCUGUGUACACUUACACCACCAGAGGGCUUUUUGAGAAGGACAAGUUAAUUUUCAGCACACAAAUGACCUUUUUGAUUCUACUAAUGAACAAGCAGCUGAAUCCAGUUGAACUAGACUUCCUGUUGCGAUUUCCCUUUGUUCCAAAUCUGACCUCACCAGUUGACUUCCUAAACAAUAACUCGUGGGGAGGCAUCAAGGCUCUUUCAUCAAUGGAAGAAUUCCGCAACCUUGACAGAGACAUUGAGGGUUCUGCUAAACGGUGGAAGAAGUUUGUAGAGAGUGAGUGCCCAGAGAAAGAAAAGUUUCCUCAAGAGUGGAAAAAUAAAACAUCCCUUCAGAAACUGUGCAUGAUGCGUGCGCUCAGACCUGACAGAAUGACGUAUGCUAUCACAAACUUUAUUGAAGAAAUGCUUGGAGCUAAGUAUGUGGAAGGGAGAUCUGUGGAAUUUGCCAAGUCAUUUGAGGAAUCUAGUCCUGCAACCCCUAUUUUCUUCAUCCUAUCUCCCGGGGUUGAUCCAUUGAAGGAUGUAGAAAGCUUGGGCAAGAAAAUGAAAUUUACAACUGACAACAACAACUUUCACAACAUCUCUCUCGGUCAAGGACAGGAAAUUGUUGCUGAACAGGCGAUGGAUUUGGCUGCCAAAGAGGGUCACUGGGUUGUUUUGCAGAAUGUCCAUCUUGUUGCAAAGUGGUUGUCCAGACUAGAGAAGAAAAUUGAAGAGUUCUCUAAUGAAAGUCAUGAAAGCUACCGCUUGUUUAUUAGCGCUGAGCCAGCUGGAAGCCCAGAUGCUCACAUUAUCCCCCAGGGUAUACUGGAGUCUGCUAUCAAGAUAACAAAUGAACCACCCACUGGCAUGUAUGCAAACUUGCACAAGGCUUUGGACAACUUUAAUCAGGACACACUAGAGAUGUGUGCUCGAGAGAGUGAAUUCAAGUCCAUAUUGUUUGCCCUCUGCUACUUUCAUGCUGUGGUGUGUGAAAGGCGCAAGUUUGGACCUCAAGGAUGGAACAGAGUGUAUCCUUACAACACUGGAGAUCUGACAAUCAGUGUCAAUGUGUUGUACAACUACCUGGAAGCUAAUGCCAAGGUGCCAUGGGAAGAUCUCCGCUACCUGUUUGGUGAAAUCAUGUAUGGUGGACACAUCACAGAUGACUGGGACAGAACUCUGUGUCGUACCUACUUGGAAGUGUACAUGCAUCCAGACAUGAACUUUUCCUGGCACCAAACUUUCCCAGUUCCGCCCAACAUGGACUACAAGGGUUAUCACACUUACAUUGAUGAAGCCUUGCCUCCUGAAUCUCCUUAUCUGUAUGGGCUUCAUCCUAAUGCUGAGAUUGAGUUCUUGACGAAAACUUCUGAGAAUCUUUUCAGGACUGUUUUGGAAAUGCAGCCACAAAAUGUCGGAGCUGGAGCAGGUACUGGUGUCAGUCGAGAGGAGAAGGUCAAAGCCAUCCUUGAUGACAUUGUAGAGAAACUUCCAGAUGAGUUUAAUAUGUUGGAGAUUAUGGCCAAAGUUCCACUUGAAGAAAGAACACCAUAUGUUGUUGUUGCCUUCCAAGAGUGUGAACGCAUGAACAUGCUGACCUCCGAGAUUCGACGCUCUCUUAAGGAAUUGGACUUGGGUCUAAAGGGUGAACUGACUAUCACAGCAGAUAUGGAGGAUCUCAGUAACAGCUUGUUCCUGGACAAUAUACCCAGUAACUGGGCUAAACGAGCCUACCCCUCCCUGUACAACCUGGCAGCAUGGUAUGCUGACCUUCUUCAGAGAGUCAAGGAACUUGAAACCUGGACAUCAGACUUCCAGCUUCCAGCGGCUGUGUGGCUUGGUGGCUUUUUCAACCCACAGAGUUUCCUCACUGCUAUAAUGCAGCAGAUGGCCAGAAAGAAUGAGUGGCCGCUUGACCGCAUGUGUCUACAGUGUGACGUCACCAAGAAGUCACGUGAAGACAUGGCUGGACCGCCGCGGGAAGGGGCCUAUGUUCAUGGACUUUACAUGGAAGCUGAAGCUCGUCUGAAGGAACUUGCCCCUCCCAUGCCAAUCAUCUUCAUCAAGGCCAUCCCUGUUGAUCGCCAGGAUGUUCGAAAUGUCUAUGAGUGUCCAGUGUACAAGACAAAGACCAGAGGACCCACAUACGUGUGGACUUUUAACUUAAAGUCCAAAGAGAAGCCCAGUAAAUGGGUUUUAGGAGGUGUAGCCCUGCUUCUACAGGUCUAA